UGGCUAAUACAAGAGAGAUUCACUCUAUGUGGGUGCACUACAUCAGAAAAAUGCUAUUUAAAUGGCAGAACCAUACCCUCAAUUAUUUGACCAUCCCUUGAGUUCUCUCAGGAGGCUCUAUAAUUGGAAUUGUGUAAUAGUUGAUUUUUCUGACAGUAUGCAGAGCUUUAGGCCUUCUCAACCUUUCUUGGGCAUGGAUGUGACCAUGGAAAUGGUGAACCAGUUUGCAGAGAUGAAUCCAAUUAUGUUGGAGAAUUUCAACAUAACUGAUGUUUCAGUGGAGACUCUUUUGGCCCACCAGCAGCCUGAGCUCAUGGGAACGUUUGCUUAUAAUCUUCAAUCUAGUUUUGAGUCCAAUGGACUGAGCUCAAUGCCAGUGGUUCAGAGCAUACCCUUGAGUGGAAAUGCUUUCCAUGAAAGCAAGAGGAGAAAGGUGAUGGAACAAUCAAAAAGCAGCUCAGAGAACAUUUCUUCUAUGGCUUCUGGAAGUGGUUUGAAAGAAAUUAGUAGUACUAAGAAAAAGAAUAACUUGGGUAAAGGAAAGAAAGGGAGGAACAGUGAUAAAGAAUUAUUGGACAAACCAGAUGAAGUGAUUCAUGUCCGAGCAAGAAGAGGACAAGCUACUGACAACCACAGUAUAGCAGAAAGGGUGAGAAGAGAGAAAAUCAAGACUCGGCUGCGAUGCUUGCAGGACCUUGUUCCUGGAUGCUACAAGAAUAAGGGAAUGGCAGUAAUGUUGGAUGAGAUAAUCAAUUAUGUGCACUCACUGCAGAAUCAGGUCGAGUUUCUUUCUAGGGAGCUUGCAGCAGCUAGUUCACUUCACAACUUCGACUCUGAAACAGAAGCUAUAAAAAAUGCUCAGGGAACAAAUACACAUGAGGGGCAGGAGAUGGAGAAAAUAGUGAGGAGAGGAUAUGGAGAACACUCUUGCUUCUACCCGACAAGGACCAUUUGACUGCAAUUUUGGCCCUUAUUCCCCCAUUGCCACAUAUCACAUGAAUGUGCUCCCUUUCUCUCCUCUCCACAAAUCAAGUCUGUUUCCUACUUUCCUGUGACAUGGCACAAGUGCUAUUGAUAUUUGCACUUCUCCACACAGAGGAUCCAGCUGCAUAGAGACUUGUAAUCCGAUUUUUUUUUUUUUUCAUUUUUAGUGGUUGUUUUUUCUGCAUUCAAGCAUCGAUCCCAAAUCGCUUGUGGCUUGUUGCAUCCUGUGCGCUGAUGCUUCCAUGUUGAUGGGCAGCUGAUGUUGAUUAGUUGGCUUUGGAGGGACAAGGACUCUUACGCAUGUAAUCACUGCCAGUCAUGGGGCAGCAUAGUGAAAAAUGACCCUAUAUUUGGGGCCCCAAUGCACCUAUCUCAGCUAUUUAACCCCUAUCAUCAUUUGCCUGUAGUCUCUGGUUUCUUGAAGAUUGGAAGGCAGAGAAAGGGGGGGAGAGUCCACCCAUGUUUACAAUUCGUAAAUACAACUAUGUUUACAUUCUCAUAGUUGAAUUUUUCUGGAUUUGUGUUGCUUUCAUUUGUCAUA